CGGACGACGAACAAUAACAGAGCUAGAUUUGCAGUUGUCUGAGUGUUAGGGAAAUGAAAUCGCCCCUGCAGGUAAUUGUCGAUGUCUGGUGUGAGUCACACUGCUGCAGAUCCGCCAUAUGAGUGUUAUGUAUUCGCCUGUGGUGCUAAAAUACGCCCGAGGAAACUAGCUGUUGUCUCUGUCUGGGAGCUAUUGUCUGAAGAUUUUGAAGUGACAGCUGACACUGUACAAGCUGCCAUGCUUUAACUCUCUAAUUUGGUGAUGCUAAAUUGACUCCAAGUUUAUUGAGUAUUGUAAUAUUACAUUUCUGGCGAUAUGGGGACACAGAAAUCGACAUCUCUACUAUGUUUCAUUUAUUUAAGUGUUGGUUUAAGUUCGGUGAUGUCCCAGUUCCCUGUUUCACCAGUUUCGUCAUCAGACUCCCAUGCCUGUGAUUAUGACGGUGUUUUGGAAUGUUGUGCCGGGUUUUAUUUGAAUGAAACCAACUGUGUUGAAUGUCCUUCUGGAUAUUAUGGAUAUAAAUGCUCAAACCCAUGCAGUCCGCACUGUGAUACAAUGAGUUGUGAUCACAUCAACGGUCGAUGUGAGUGUAGUGAUAUGGAAUAUUAUGGUACAACAUGCGAUAACAAAUGCAAGUGUGAAAACGGGGCAACUUGUGAUCGGUUAAGCGGUAAGUGCUUAUGUCGGCCAACGUACUGGGGAGAGUUUUGCUCACAUCAAUGCGAAGCUUAUGAAGAGUUUAUUGACAAUACUUGCCAGUGUCAAGAUGGACGAUAUGGAUUAAAUUGUGAAUUACACUGUCUGUGUUAUAAUGGUGCAUCUCCAAGAUGUAAUCGUGAUACAGGGGACUGUAACUGUCCGCCGGGCUGGACUGGACGUGACUGUACUGACUGUGAUCGUAGUCUGGUGUAUAGAGAUACCGAUCGUCCAUUUUGUGAGAAGAGGUGUUUGCAUUGUACAAAUGGUGAUACUUGUCAUCCCGAUGCAGACGGUGCUUGCAAUUGUUCUGAAGGCUGGAUGGGUAAUAAAUGUGAAACAUGCGACAGAGAUCACUACGGAUACUUGUGUGAACAUCAGUGUAAUUGUCAAAAUAACGCACAUUGUGAUCUUCGAGAUGGCACAUGUACAUGUCUGCCGAAUUAUUGGGGCGUGUUUUGUGAAAACGAAUGCCAAUGUGGGAGUUCAGAGUUCUGUGAUCAUUUCAAUGGUUGUCAGUGCGAGGCAGGAAAAUAUGGGUCAGCUUGUGAAGAGGACUGCCCUUGUUACAAUGACGCUGUAUGCGAAAAACGGUCUGGACAAUGCCAAUGUCCACUCGGUUGGCUUGGGCCUCGCUGUGGAGACUGUGACGAAUCAAUUUUUUUAGCGAACGGGACAAAUUAUUGCAGCGACAGAUGCUUACAUUGUAUGAAUGGUUACACAUGUCAUUCCAUCCUAGGUGAAUGCCAGUGUACUGAUGGCUGGACUGGGGAUAGGUGUGACACCCCCUGUACAAGUAACACUUAUGGAAUAAACUGCCAGAGUAAAUGUCAGUGUAUGAACAAUGCAAGCUGUGAUUAUAUAUCAGGAGAAUGCCUCUGUCUUGCUGGCUGGGAGGGGGAUAGAUGUGAAACCCCUUGUGAUGGAAUGCACUAUGGUGAACUGUGUCGGCACAAAUGCCAGUGUGAGAAUGACGCCCUCUGUAGUCCUCAAAAUGGAAAUUGUAUCUGCAGCAAUGGUUGGACUGGUGAUAGGUGUGACACCCCAUGUGAACUCAGUUGCAGCGAUCAAUGUCAGUGUCAGAAAAAUUUGGUUUGUGUAAAUGGAACAUGUUACGCAGCUCAUAUCCCAGCUGGUAAUCAAGAUGCAAGCAAUCUUUCCUUAGCCAUUGGUCUGACAGUAGCCUUUCUUCUGCUCAUCAUUGCAGUCACCAUAGCAAUAGUGAUUAUAUUUAAGAGAUUGAAUUGCAUGAAAAAAAGGCAGGGUAAUUAUCAAGGCAUCGUUAAGGCAACAAGAAGAACAGAUACCAUGGCGGCAACUGAGCAGUUAGAGUUCUUUAUUGACAUGGGGGAUCCAUCUCGUGGCUCAAAAAAUGGGGAAGUGGUGUAUGAUGUUCCUGAAGUGGUUCAUUCCAAAGAGAAUACAAGUAUUGCAGAACCUGUGUAUGCAGAAUUAGAAGAUGAGACAAUCACGGACAUGCAAGAGGCAACAUUUCCUGAAUUUGCGGCUGUGAAGAAGACACCACCGAGAAAAACAUGUGAAAAUAACGUGCAAGAAAAUGAAUAUGAAAGGUCAUGGGAUACUGGUGGUGGGGGAUACAACAUUUUAGGUACAGGGGAAGAAGCUACACAUGGAGGGGAUGAGUCUCCUUACAAUAUGAUUGAUAGGACUGGGAAAACAUACAGGCCAAUUGUGAAACCAGACUCAAAUUAUAGCAAAUUGAAUGAAUAAAGGUUUC